GCAAGCAUCAUGGCAGCCAAACCGCACAGCUCCAGCCUGUCUCUUGCCCUGCGAGCGCAAGCGCAGCAGCAUUUGCGCGUGAGCAGGCCGCGCGAGCCUAUUCGCUUAGUUUGUAGUGGACUCUUAUGGUUCACUGCAUCUGUCCGUGAAGCUCCGACGCUCUAUUUUCGUGAAACUUCGCACGCUUGCAGGAGCCUUUUGGAGGCUUACGGGGAAGGCCGCCGAGAGCCUUAACCUUCUUCGAAACAGAUUCUUAUCGCAACGCGAGAGGAGGAAGAAGAAGAGAAAAGCCUGGAUGUUUUCUCUCUUCUUGCUCCAUGCCUUUUCUCGCAAACCGACUUAUUGUCGACAAUCAUCGUCGAUGAUCGACAGCCGCUGAGCGCUUAGUAGCAGUGUCGCUUGACGUUGCCAUUUUCGGAUUGUGCAUACGCCAUUAUACUAAAGAAGAAGUAGCCUCUCCCGGGCAGAGCCGUUCUUCGCCAUGGCCGGAUCGCCGGCUCCGGAGCCACAGGGUGAUGCCCCUGGUGCCGCAAGUUCAACGCCGUCAGCGCUCGGUAGCGACCAACCCGCGGCGUCGGCCACGUCAGCCACGGCAGCAGUCACGGCAGCAGCCACGUCAGCAGCCACGUCAGCGUCAGCGCCGGAAAAGGCAGCGCAGGGGAAGGAAGCGGGCGUGCCUUGUCUGCAUGACAUCUCGGAUCACAGCAGCGAGGAGGGGGAUACCGACAGGGAGGAGAAGGGGGGGAGGGUGGGCGCAGGGGAUGGACAGGGAGGGAAGGAGCGGACGGACGGGGAGGAGGAGACGGAGCAGAAGCUUAACGGUAACUUUGACAAAACGAGUGCUUUUAGCAACGGAACGACCGAUGCCAAAACGAGUGCUGGUGCUGCUGGUGCCCCUGGUGUUGCUGAUGCUGCUAAGGACGAGAAUGGAGAUGGUAACGAGCGCAAGCCUGGAUUGAUUGCCGCUUGGCGGCAGGUGGCUGGAAGAUUGUUUCCUGCGCUCCUUGGGAAGACCAAGAGCAGCUCCGAGAACCCUGCUGCUGCGCCUACUGGUGCUGCUGGCACGACUGCUGCCGCCACUGCUGUUGCCGCCGCCACUGCUGUUGCAGCCACGACUGCGGCUCCUGGCGCUGCUGCUGGUGCUGCUGGUGCUGCUGGUGCUGCUGGUUCUUCCCUGGCCACGGAUGGUGAGGGUGACGGUGGGAAAAAGGAGGAGGGAGGGAGCGAUGAGGGAGACGACGAGAGCAGGGCAAUCGUGCCUGCUGCAGCAGCAGGUGUGCCGGCACCGCCUCAAGUCGUUGUCGAGGACCCUCCCCUGGUGCCACGUGGCAGCUACUGGGCCGUCUUCCAGGCGUUCUUUCUGCUCGGGUGGACGGCGUUCGGCGGCCCAUCGGCGCACAUCGCCAUGUACCACAAGCAGUUUGUGGAGCUGCGGGGGUGGAUGUCUGAGGACGUGUUCGCUGAACUCUUGGCGCUGACCCAAGCAGUGCCCGGCCCAUCCAGCACGCAGAUGUCAUUCUCCAUUGGCAUCCUCCAGAAGGGCAUCUCAGGUGGUCUGCUGUCAGGCGCCUUGUUCCAGCUUCCUGGAGCGAUCAUCAUGGCCAUCGCUGGCUUUGGAGUGGCCAAGUUCCUGGUCAAUCCAGAGCCGUGGUUGUCGGCUCUCUCUGCGGGGCUGGCGGCGGUGGCAGUGGCACUAGUGGCGGAGGCAGCAGUGAUCCUGGGGAAGAAGAUGUGCCGCAACAAGGUGACGCGGGUGCUGUGCGUGGCGUCCGCUGUCAUCACCUUCUACUAUGCCACGCAGUGGAUCUUCCCCACCGUCAUCCUGCUCGGUGGCGUCGUGACCUAUUUCACGGAGCGCAACAAGCCCAUCCCCCCACAGCGCAGCGACAUUGAGAGGCUAGGCGUGUCGCCGCUGGCUGGUGCCAUGCUGCUGUUUGCGUGGAUCGGCAUUUUGGUCUUCUCCAUUGUCUACAAGAACGCCACCACCUACGAGAGCGCCAAGUGGAUCCACUGGUUCGAGGGAUUUUAUCUCACCGGCUCAGUGACGUACGGAGGAGGGCAGGUGGUGCUGCCGCUGCUGGAGAGCGUGGUCAUUGACUACCAGACUGUGUGCCCGCCCGGUGGGGGCAAGUGCUACGAAGUGGAAGCCAACACGUCAUGGGUAACUUCCCAGCAGUUUCUUGCCGGACUCGCCCUUGCACAGGCCCUUCCCGGCCCUCUCUUCAACUUCUCCGCCUACAUUGGUGCUAUUGUGGGGGGGUUCGGUGGCAUUAUAGCGUGCUGGUUCGGCCUCUUCUCGCCGGGCAUUCUCAUCAUAUAUGGCGUCCUGCCCUUUUGGGGCAAAUUCCGGAAGUGGAAGCUGUACAAGCGGGCGACACCGGGCUUCAACGCGACAGCUAUUGGUCUCAUCUGGGCGUCAGUGUUCUCUCUCGGCCUCAAGGUGUACAGAGUCAGCCCCUUCCCCAUGGCGUCGCUCUGCAUAGCCAUGAUCGGAUACGCCGCGACCAAUUUCCUCAAGAUCCAUGCUCCUAUCGCCAUCGUGGGUGGAGGAGCACUAGGAGUGGUAGCUUGGGCCACUCACAUGCAUUAGCUUGGACCGCUCUUGCCCGGGCUCCUUUGUUUUUCCUGUAUUCAAACCAUGGCACGCCAUGCAUGUUAUCGUAUCGUUGUGAAUAAACUGGUUUGAUUAAUGCCAUAUGCUUGUGGCAAAGACAAGUGGAACGAUGUCACUUUGUGUAGAUUUGGAAA